GGAUUAGAGAGCCAAAGUGGGGCUGUGCCCGCCAGUGCCCACGAUACACUCCACUUAGUCCUCGAUCACCCCAAAGUGAUCUGAAAAGCCAGCAAAAUUGUGAAUUUUUUUUAACACCAAUAUCAUUAAAUCACCAAUAAAAAUCAACGGAAAAUUCAUUAAUAAUAACUUGGACAGAACCCAUAAAUUGGCUUAUGUGUACGGAUAGGUGACAGUGUGACAGGAAAUUUAUUUAUCAUUUAAGAUUAAUUUUUUACCGUGAAAAAAUAAAACGUGUUGAGUGUCAAGAUUUAAUAAGCAAAAAUCCGCAGUUAUUAUUGCAAUAAUAAAUAAAUAAAUAGCCACCGGGGAAAAGAGACGGAAGCAGGUGGGUGUAGUCGACCCUAGCGCGUGGGUGAAUCAUCGAGGCAAAAAUGACGACCAUAGUAGCUAAUUUGAUACACGGGUACAGGGACCUCAUGGACAACAGAUCCGAUCCCAGAGUGGCCCACUGGGCAAUGAUGAGCAGUCCCUUACCAACGAUGGCAAUAUGCAUAUCAUAUGCCUAUUUCAGCAGAGUCAUUGGCCCAAGAAUGAUGGAGAAUCGUAAGCCAUUCAACUUGCGUAGGAUACUCAUUGUCUAUAACUUCAUUCAGACAAUAUUUUCCUCGUGGAUUUUCUAUGAGUUUUUGAUGAGCGGUUGGGCGAAAGGUUACAGCUUUCGGUGUCAACCAGUCGACUAUUCAAAUAAUCCUUUAGCCCUUAGAAUGGCCGGCACGUGUUGGUGGUACUAUUUCAGUAAAUUCACUGAAUUCUUUGAUACAUUAUUCUUCAUCCUGAGGAAAAAAAAUCAACAAGUCUCUACCCUACAUGUUAUACACCACGGGGUGAUGCCAUUCUCAGUCUGGAUGGGACUCAAAUUCGCUCCAGGCGGUCAUAGUACAUUUUUCUCACUAUUAAAUACAUUUGUACACAUCAUUAUGUAUUUUUACUAUAUGGUCGCUGCCAUGGGCCCCGAGUAUCAAAAGUACAUCUGGUGGAAGAAGUAUCUUACCUCCUUCCAAAUGGUGCAAUUUGUCCUGAUAAUGGGCCACCAGUUUCAGCUCCUCUUCACCGAGUGCAACUACCCUCGCAGCUUCAUGAUCUGGAUUGGUCUCCACGGUGUUCUAUUCCUCGGUCUAUUCUCUGAUUUUUACAAAGAGAAAUAUAUCGGCCAGGAUGCUAAGCGUCGUCAAAACCCCGGCGCUUGUAUGCCAGUUCUCGAAGAGAGUGAAACAAAUUUGAAGCAAAAUGGUGUUUCAACAUAUACAACCAUCUACAAUAAGGAGUACAACAGUUGUUACAGCAAUGGAACAAACAAUGGCUACGUUGCCAACAACAAUGAGAAGAAAUUGGCUUAAUAUCACUGACAAUUUCCUCAUUAUUCUCAUUAAUUAAUGAUUUUUUUUUUCAUUUUCUUUUUAUUCUUUCGCCGAAGGAAUAAUCGAAAUGGAAUAAAGGGCAAAUGGAGGGGAAUUUAAGACUAAGGGAAAUAUAACGAACGAUCAGCCGUGAAUUUCUUCCUUGCCUCCAUUUACAAAUCAUAAUUGAUGUUUUUUUAUGCGCUUUAAUCACGCUACGACAUUAAUGCGUGUCUGAUUGCUCCCUGGCAACAUCAAGAGGACUUACUCUCUUUCUCAUUUUGUUGUUCCAAAGGACAAAUUUUCAUGGAUGAAUGCUGAAUGAAUGAUCUAAAUGUGUUUAUAUUUUUUUUUCCAUUUUUUUUUUUCAUUAAUUGAUGUGUGAGUCUGUGAAAGAGAGGGAUUUAACGUUUACAUCGAUACUGAGAAUGUAGUAUUUAUAUCAUUUAGAUAAAUGUAAAAUAUUAUUUGGCAGAUUUAUUCAUUGAUAUGACAAAAUAUGAGAUGCGGUGAAAAAAUUAAUGAAAUUAUAAUGCAGUCUUCGACGUUUGUUGUCGCUUUGAAAUGGUUGAAACUGAUGAAAUUAAUAAUUUAUGAGAAAUAAUGUGAAUUGAGGAUUGGCAUUGGACAAGUCCAUUCACUGAUUAUUUUCUCAUUCUGUGAAUUUGUAAUGAUUGGAGAAUUAAUUAGUGAAGGUGGUAAAACUUUGUCAGUGGAAUGUUCUGGGGGAGUUUAGGGGGAAAUGUUGAUAAAUUUAUCUCGAUAUUUCCUCCUAAAGUCUAUCAUUGAUGAGAUAAUUCGUCAUUACAACUUGUACAUACGAUAUUUGGGCUUGAAUUGUUUUAUCACUUUCUCUUGUCAAAUAGAAUAAUUAUCAAGCACCGAGCUUGAUUGGUUGAUGGUCUUCGAGGAUAGAUUUGAAUCGGCGAAUCGAGGUUGCGAUGAAUUUUUUUAAUGUAAAAAUAGAAAAAAUUAGUGAAUUGAAAUAUUGAAAUAACGCACAAGUAAAAAUUGACGGUAAGGAUUCAAUGGGGUUUCAGUCUUUAUUCGUCGUAGGAAUUUUAUUAUUGUAAAAUUGUUCCGACUGUGUUCAAUGCUUCAGUGGUUGUUAAACGCUUUAGCAAUGAUUACAUGUAAACAUAAUCGAGUAAAAGUAAAAAUUGAGAAUGCAAAAUUGAUUGAGGAUAAAAAAUUAUGAAGAAGAAUGAAUUGAAUGAUGUUUUCUCACGAUUGAUUUGUCAUUAUAGUUAUUGGAGGAUUAACAGCUGAUGAGUUACAUUAAUAUAACCGUGCCUCGAUUCGUGAACAGGUCAUUCACCUGACAUUUCACGAAAUUUAAUAAUAUUCAAUUUUUAAAUAUCCCCAUGGCUUCGCUUUAUUGUGGUUAUUUCUGUGAACAUUUCAAUCCAUUUCAAUCAGCAGAUCAAUUAUUCUCCAUUCUUUGCUUUUCUGGGGGAUUUGUUGAAAGUAUCUUGCGAGCAAUGAUGCGUUUUUUAUCAAUCAUUUUACUGAUAAUUUCUUGAAUAAUAAAUAUUUCGAGGAAUUAGGGGCUUGAAAAAUUUGAAAUCACUCUUUCGUACUUCUUUUCUCAUUAUAAAUUUUCAAUUUCAUUUUUUUUUACGAUGAACGCGAUAUCGAGACGAAAUUUAGGGCAUCUUAAUUAAGGUCAUUAACAAUUUUUCUACCAAAUGGUGUGCGUGGGUGUGCAGAGAUAUGCAGCAAAUGAAUGAGGAAAAUGUUUGCGUUAUUUCAAUGUGAAAUUUCUGUUCUCCUGAAAAUGAGUCGUUAAUUUUGAUGAGAUAUUAAGUGAAAUAAAGAAAUAAAAAUGUCAUUUUUUAAAAUAUCAGAUUAGAAUUAUUUUCACAAUCCAAGAAAUUGCAGUUUUCCAAUCACAGAACCCCCCCCCCCAAUAAUUAUUCCCCUUGGUUUUCAAGAUACAAAUGUCUUCGAUGAAUUUUUUUAUUUCACUUGAUUAAAAAAAUUGAGUGUUAUAGUAAUCGACUCUUUGGAUUACACAAUUAUCGUGAUUGUUGCAUUUUUCCAGAGUAUUCUAUGGUACAGACUAUCCGAGUCGUCGUGACGAAGCCGCAGAAUAUAUUAAUUGUAGGUAUUGCACUGCAUUAUUUGUAAUUAUCCUCAAUGAUCAUGAAACAGUCUAAAAUCGGUAUUCGCUGGACGACCGAUUCCGCAAUUAUAUUGCCUCAUUUCAAUUUGAUUUCUUUUGAAGAUAACAAAUGGUGGAUGAUUGAUCGAUGGAGCUCAAUAGAGGGAUGAUAAAUGAAAUGUUUUAAUUUCCAAUAUCUCAAGGACUAUUGAAUCAUUUCAUCUAUAAUGAGUGAUGUCGAGACAAAUUGUCAAAAGAUGCAGAAGGCCACUCAUUGUCAUGAUAAUUGAAGGAACUGUCAUAUUUUACUCAUGACGUUUUAUCACUCAACUGCAGAAGGCCAUUUGUAAGUGAAUAACAGAUACACAUCGACAGGUCUCUGACCUCCCCUUGAUGAAUAAUUAAAGAGGAACUGUGUAAAACCGUUGGUUUAUUUUCUGCCAAAAUACAAUCACUAGGUAGCUUGUAAAUAAAGCACGUUGAUUGUGAUGAAUGAAUUUGAAAAAAAAAGUAACUAAAUUAACAUUGAAAAAAAUUUCAAAUUGUCGACCGAAAGGGGGAGAGAUUCUGUAGACAUCUGGCAUCGUCACGCACCUAAUGUUAAAACUCUGUAAUAAUUAUUGAUUCUCAUUAUAUUUUUGUACAUAAUUGAGAAGAAAAAUACACCGAAUGAAUAAAAAGAAAAUUUAAAAGACUCA